AAUAAAAUGUCCAACAGUAAGGGUGUAUACAAAAAUGUGCCAAAAUUGGAAAAACAUGACGAACCACCGGAAUAUGAAGCGCCGAGAGGCUUCGGGGCACGUCACAUGCAAGUACUCAUCCUCUUCAUCAGCCUGUCCGUCGGUUUUACUAUCAAGUCGCAUCUCAGUGUUGCGAUGGUCGCUAUGACUUCUCAUGACCAUACCUGUACAAAAAAUAUAAGCAGUGGGAAUGAGACCAACGGAUUGAAUGCAACGAGUGUUGAAUGUGACAGGGAGAAAAUUUGGAGUGUUUUUCAGACUUACGAUUGGAAUAAAAAGCAACAGGAAAUGACACUAUUCGCGUUCUUUGUCGGUUAUACAACAAUGAUGCUGCCAAUGGGAAUCUUGGCCCAGAAGUUCGGCGGCAAGAUUCCUAUCAUGAUCGGCCUGGCUGUGAAUGGUGUCACCUCUAUAAUCACACCUUGGAUUGCCUAUUUUACAGGAUGGAUAGGGGUGUGUAUAUGCCGCCUUUUACAAGGUGCAACGCAAGCAGCCUUCUAUCCCAGCAUGCACGCGAUGUUAGGCAAAUGGGCUCCGCUCAGUGAAAGAGGAAGGCUCAGCACUUACGUAUACACAGGAUCACAAUUCGGGACUAUAAUUUCCUUCCAAGUAUCCGGUUUCUUCUGUGGGAGCCCCAUCUUUGGCUGGCCAUCUUCGUUCUGGCUAUGGGGAGGUUUGGCCUUAGUUUGUUUCUGCAUGCUGGCACAGUUUGGCUCCGCUAGCCCUCACCAGCACAAAACUAUCAGUACUGAAGAACUGGUUUGUAUAACGGGUGAAAGUGCUGCUGAUGCAGUCCCAAAGAAGCGGCCAACUCCCUGGAAGCAUAUCCUCACAAGCCCUGCGGUAUGGGCGCUCAUAACAGCACACGCAGGUUCAUCGGUUGGCUACCUGUUCAUCCUCACCCAAUUACCUCUCUAUAUGAACAAAGUUCUCGGCGUUGACAUCAAGAACAAUGGGUUGCUGUCAUCUUUACCAUACAUUUCUAUGUAUAUUAUGGCAAUAGCCUUUGGAAACCUCACAGAUUUCUUAAAGAAUCAAAACUAUAUGAGCCUUAUCAAUAUUAGAAGAUUUUCGAAUACAGUUGGUAUGGUCUUGUCUUCCAUAUUUUUAUUAUGGACGUGCUAUGUAAAUACGACUUGGAUGGCCGUCACCUUAUUGGUCUUCAGCCUGGGGCUGCAUUCUGGAGUUCAUACCGGGUUUCAUAUUAACCAGAUAGAUUUAGCGCCCAACUUUGCAGGUCCCAUGAUGGGGCUGGGCAACAUGAUCGCCAAUUUGUCAUGCCUAUCUAUCCCAUUCCUAGUCUCCAGCGUCGUGGGAGAUGACGUGACAAAUCAACAUAAGUGGCAGACCACAUUCAUCGUUAUGGUGGUGCUGCAGAUCGUAACAAAUACGAUCUUCGUCAUCUUUGUGAAGGUCGAUCUUCAGCGGUGGAAUUUUUACGGCGACGAUGAUGAUGAAAGCACCGAUUCAAAAGAGACGUGA